GAAAGGGGGGAGUAGGGAGCGCGCGGAAGCACGCGGAGUCGCGGCCGUUGAUCGUGGGCGUUAACGGUCGCCCUCUGCCGUGAGGGGAGCGGCGGCGGCGCCCGGGCCUCGUUCCUUGCGGGGUUUCCUCUCGGAAGCCUUCUCUCGCCGAAAGGCCCCUCCCCUGCGGGACAUCCCUGUGGACUGCGGGGCAAGGCGGCCUGAGUGCCCCGUGCCUGCCCGCCGGAAGUAUUCACCAUCAAUUAAAAUGUCUUCCAGCAAAACUCCAAAUGAAAAUGAAACACCCAAAGAGAGAAAUCCAGGGCUGAGGGGUGCCCGAACAACCACUCUGUUCCGAGCUGUGAACCCGGAGCUUUUCAUUAAACCUAACAAACCUGUGAUGGUGUUUGGACUCGUAGCAGUUACCCUCUGCGUGGCCUACCUUGGUUAUUUGCAUGCGACGGUAGAGAAUAAAAAGGAUCUCUAUGAAGCUGUCGACAGUGAGGGGUCCAGAUACAUGAGGAGAAAAACUUCCAAGUGGGACUGACGACAUAAGGAAGGAAAUAAGCACAUCAGCCAUAGAUCUUCUCAAGGCUGAAAACUACUGUUUUUCCUCUGUCCAUUAAAAUAAUGGUUAAAUCUCUGUUGUGCCUUUUAAUCCAGUAUAAGUUCCAUUAUAAAAUACCAUGCCUGUAGAAAUAAAUUGUAAUUAAGAUACAUACAAACAUAAAA